AUGUCCUCUCAUACAACCUCGAGAGGGUGGUCAAGCCCAAUUUUGGCGUUACUGCAAGGGUGCGGGCUAGGUGCUUGUGAUAUUGCCAAGUUGUGCAUCUCAACACCGAGGUUGCUCGACACUAACCCCAAGCGUGUCCAGGCGAUUGUGGCAUGCGCUCAAAACAUAGGUGUGCUACGUGGUUCAAGGAUGUUUAGGCACGCGAUGCGUGCUGUUGCAUCUUGCGGAGAGGAGGAGAUAGCAACCAGAGUGGAGUACUUGAGGAACACAUUCAUGUGGAUGGAUGGUGAGGUAGGCAUGGCCAUUUCUAAGUUUCCACCGCUGCUGAAUAAGUCCAAGGAAUCGCUGCAGCAUAGGUCUGAGUUCCUCAUCUCCGAGGCGGGCUUGGAACCGGUGCACAUUGUUCAAUGGUCGGUAAUACUAGGGCAUAGCCUAGAGGGCCGGCUCAGGCCCCGGUACUAUGCUGUGAAGUUUCUCAAGGAAAAUGGAUUGCUCAAGCGCGACUCAAGCUACUAUACUGUUUUCAAGGAGUCCGACAUGACAUUCAAGAAGAAGUUCAUACACCCUCAUAAGGAAGUUGCACCGCACCUUGAAAAAGACUACGAUGCUGCUUGCAAAGGGGAAGUGCUCACUAAUUUCAGAUUCACAUAA